GGAACGAGUGCGCGAGUAUCCGUUCCAGACUUUUCUUUGCCUUUCUAUGCCCACUGAUCCGAACGUGGGGAAAUGAAAAAGCCACGGGAAGAGCAGUCAUUCCCACUGCUGCCAGGGGUAGCUCUGAAUAAACAAGGCGACUAUAUGAUCCGGUAGCACAUCGCUUCGCCCAAUCGUUCCGUUAUUCAUCAACCCCGGCUCUCCAGAAACAUACAUACCAUGGUCUUUUACGAGCUCUUCUGCAUCUCAAGGACACGCCUUGUCGAGGCCAACUUGAAGGAUUUGGUCAAGCAGACAUCCUUGGUUGUCAUGAAUAAAGGAGGCGUCGUCAGAAGUUUGAAGCCUCUCGGAGAGAAGCAAUUACCGUACCGCAUUAAAAAGCAUCAGGAGUAUCAUAUAAAUGGCUUCCAAUGGACGAUGCAAUUCGAUGCGAAUCCUACCGCCGUCAGUGAACUGAACAAGCGACUGAAGGUCGACCCUCGCGUUCUCCGUCACGCCGUCAUCCGCUUGGGCUCGAAAUUGGAGGACAUCGUCGCAUCUGCUGAGAAGACUGGAGGGAGGGUAUAAAGGUUACGUUUGAAGGAAAUCAUGGGAGCAUUUAGAACAAGAGAAUGGCGAGGAAGACAUCCUUUGCACUGUGUAGAAUAAAGACCAUCAAAGCAUAC